AUGGCGAAGGCAGCCGGGGUGGUCUGCACCCUCCUCCUCCUCGCUGCACUGUGCUGCCAGCACCUGGCUCAGAGAGCCCCGGCCAUGCCGGACAAGUGCUGCUUCAACUUCCAGACGAGAAGGAUCAAGAGAGACAACGUCAUCGCCUGCUACCCCACCAGCCCCGAGUGCCCACACCAGGCUGUGAUCUUCAGGGUGAGGAGCGGGAAGGAGAUCUGCGCCCAGGCGAGCAGGGCCUGGGUGAAGAGGUACCAGCAACGCUUCCAAGUCAGCUCCUACUCCAUAUCCAGCUAGCAGGGCAGCCAGAGGCAGCGCGGGGAGUCCCCUCCAUGGGGGACGGGACACCACGAAGGUGACUCCUUUGCAGAGGUGGCCAUGGGGACACCACAUUUGGAUAUAGCAGCUUGUCAGAGACAUCCUCCCCAUCACGCUGUGACAACCCUCGCCACCUCCCCAAAGGUAAAGGGCCUUUGCCAUCCCCAGCAUCCCACCAGGAUGGGGUAGACCCGCUGCCAGCCCCCAUGCUCUCAGCCCUGCUUUGCAUGCAGGCAGCUGCCUGUACCCCUCGCAGGCGGCAGCAGCGUGUUGGUGAGGCUGCGCUCGCCAGCCUGGCAGCAGCAGAGGGGUUAAGGGGGAGCAGCUUCACGGCUAUUUUUUGUACAAGACACUGAACAGAAUUAAACAUGAUCUCGUGCA